AUGCCGAUUGAAAUAUUGAAACAAACAUUGCUUAAUGUUGUUGCUGAGGUUAUCAACCAUGUCGGCUUUGAGGUAGCGAGUGUGGAGGCCGUUGAGAUCCUUUCUGAAGUUCUCUUUAAGUACAUGCAUUCGAUUUCAAAGGCAAUUGCUGAUCUUGCAGUUGAGGAUGGGUACUUCAGUGUCAUUGAUGGACUUACUAUCAUGGAGUUGAUGAAUGAACCACUCUCUGGCAUCAUUAAAUACGUCAGGGAAUCAGGAUCCUUUUUUCCAAAACCUCCAAACAUGUACAUGCCUCUUGUUGGAAGAAUGGAACUAACCAUGCCGCUCUGUAUGGACAAAACACUGUUAGCUUCUUCCUUUUCGUUAAUGCAGGAUACUCUACGCUCCAAAGAAGGGACUGAGUUGCCUUCAGAAAAUAAAGCAGAAAGUAUCGUGGGACAGACAUCUAUUUCAUUCCAGGGGCGUAAUGAGCGUAAAUUGCCGCCUUGGGCUGGUAAAGUCCAAUACAAGCUUGCCUGUGUUACGUACGACCCGAGUUGUGGCUCAGUAGUGGAGCGUAACUUACCAACACCAGUCCGUUCGUCUGUUAAAAGAUAUUCCUGUCGAUCAACGGUCUCGGCUUUUCGUAAUCUUCAAAUGUCGCCGGUGUUAUCUGAUUCUGAUUAUUCGUCAGAUAUUUUCGCUGUUCAGAGCACUAAACCAUCCCGUUCUAUGGAUAUACUUAGAGGGGGUGGUCCGAAAUCUUGCACUUUAACACCACCGCGGGAAUGCGGAAAAUCCUGUUCUAAAACUUCGCCAUCGACGUCAUUUUUUGCUUCCGAUGCUGCACUUGCGGAAGUUACUCCUCCUUUGCCUUCCGCUGACUCUAAAAGCUCAUACUCUCCAGUGAUUAUUGGGAAAGCUCGUUUUGGUCGUCGGAAUUCGCAAAAUCGGAAGAAAAGAUUCAGCUUUGGGCGAAAGCGCUUUCAAUCAGUAGGAAAACGAGCUACGUUCGGAGCAAAACCACCUGCAUCUCCUGUGGUUGAAAUUGCGAAAGUUACCAGUCCUGUUAAUCGUUCAACCCCUGGUGAUGGAACAGACAACAGUGAGGCUCCUCCCUCGGCUGAUGUGUCAAGUCCAUGUCCCUUUUCGGAGCUAAAAUCUGUUGGCAGUCCGGGUACCGUAACAUUAGGCCUUGCAAACACAGAUUCACACCUGACCGAUGUGCAGACGAAUGUCUUGACUGUCCGUCAUUGCCCUUCUCCGGUUCUCGAACCAUCAACCUCGCUAACUCCUGAACAAAACUUUGCGCUCGAUGAUUCUGGUGCAAUUGGAAGUUCUUUAGGAAUUUCAGAUGGCAGUGUGAUUUUACAAAAGCUAUCCCGAUCUACCUUCCAAAUUCCCGAGACCCUUACUCAGGCUAGGGUAAUAGCUGCUGAGGGAGUGGUUGAAGCGUCUUCCGUUCGUUCAUCAAGUAAUAAUGGAUGCAUGAAAAGUGAAGUCAUUUACUCCCCUACUUCCUCCGAUUCGUGUACUGAACCACUGACAAAUGAAGAAUUAAGUCGUGAUUACGAGAUGCCGCGUGUCUUUAACUUUCCUCCAACGAGGCGAUCAAGUUUUUCCCCUUCUUCUUCGUCACUUUCAUCGUCUUCACCAUCAUCUUCCUCUUCUUCACCAGUUACCGACUCCUCAAAAGCUGCCAUUCCCUCAGUACCGCACUCGUCUCGUGCCUCGUCCCCAUUACCCGGGUCAUUGGCAUCCCGACAACCAUCGUCUAUCAACGGUCAUGCUACUGGGUCUGCCGAAGCCUCCCACACUCCGACUGUUGGUGCUAGUGGCGGUAUUCGCAUAAAAAUUCGUCUGGGUGGUCCUGAAGGCGAAACUCUGAGUGUCCGUUCCAGCGAGCCUGCUAUCACUAACACCAACUCUAGUUCAUCGACAAGCAGUAGUAGCGUCUCAUCCCCUCUCAGCUCCACCCAAGUUUCCGAUGAGGAAGCUAUUGCUAGACGUCACUCGGCCAUCCCACCUGCACUUGUUGCGAAAGGAAAACGACAUGAACCUACGUCAUCAUUCGGCUCUCUUGGUAAAACACAGCUUCGCGCCCCUACUAUGCCUCAGCAGGCGUCUCUGGGCGUCAAAACUCCCAAAUUAGUUAUUAAGUUCGGUAGUGAUGAGCACGGAUCUACUAGCAUCGUACGGUCUUUGGAUCAGCAAGUAUUAUGCCUUAAGUCUGUCCUCGCUCAGGAAAAAUUACGUGGCAGUAGCAUCAGUAGUUUGGGAAGCAGUAGCUCGAGCUCUACAAGCCAGACCACGGAUGAUGAGGAUGUAACUCCUGUCUCAAGACCUCCUCAUCUGCCUGUAUUAGAAAGACUUCCAGCUACAAGAACUAGUAAUCGUUCAUCUCAGCCGCCAGCACUUUCCCUACUGAAAGACACUUCCAAAAUGACGUCAUCUAGUUCUGACUGUCGGAAAUUACCUCCACAGCUUCGACCUCUGAAUAUCAUUCCACCUUCACUUCCGGUACUAAAGUCGUCAUUUGGUCCAUCAAAAACCGUAUGUUCACCUGCUUCAUCAUUUGGACUCUUCUCUGACGACGACGAGGAGGAUGUGCUCGCCAGCACUGGGGAAAAUCGAAGCAUUCGUUCACGCGACAGCCAUCGACUUCAUGGCCAAUGUCGAUAUGGUAGUAAGAAGCGGAAAAUUGGGGGCGAAAAGCUUCGAGCAUCAAGUCAGAUCCACCCUCCCACUACUCAGAUUAUUGCUGCCUCGGCUGGAACCUCCUAUUACUUUAACAACGCCGGGGAGCAGAUAUGGCUUUGUCCCAUUUGCCGCAAUGAGGAUGACGGCAACCUCAUGGUAGGAUGCGACAGCUGUGAUGACUGGUACCACAGCAUUAUUAUGAGUUUUUGA